CACCUCAUGUAAACAUUACCACUAAUAAUAAUGAAGUUAAUGUCAACAAUCCCUUUGACUUGUAUACCAAACCAAAUUCAUGUUCAAAUACUGUUUCUUUUCUUCUCUUUUUAUUACUCUUCACUGCAAAAUAUCUUCAGUUUCUAACUUACCAACCAAACAAAAAAAAAACACUUCAGUUUCUAGUUUCUACUUAUUCUUGAUGUGAGUUUCAAAAACCAUAGCUUUUUUCUUCUUCCAUGGACACUCAUAAUCUGAUUAUACAUUUCAUUUUUCUCAUUUUCAUUCCAUUUUCAUCAUCUUCUUUCACUCCUACAGAUAACUACCUUCUCAACUGUGGAUCAAAUAACAAUGCUACCAUUUUCAAUAGGCUUUUCAUAGGUGAUGAUUCUACCAACCUAGGCUCAAAUUUUCUCUCUGCAGAGAAAUCAAUUUCCUUAACCAACCAAAACCCAUCUCCAAAUUUGGCUACUUUGUAUCACACUGCAAGAAUUUUCACUAGUAAGGGAAGCUACAGAUUCACCUUGAAACAAAAUGGUACCUUCUUUGUUCGUUUUCAUUUUUCGUGUUUUAAGGCUCAAGGUUUUGAUCUAAAAGAUGCAAAGUUUAAUGUCUUGGUUGGUGAGAAAUUGGUUCUGAGUAAUUUCAAGCUCAAUCUCAAGCCUAGUAAUGAUACAGUUAUAAAAGAGUUCAUUUUGAAAUUUGAGUCAAAUUUGCUUGAAAUUGUGUUUAGACCUGUUAGUGAUUCUGGUUUUGGUUUUAUCAAUGGUAUUGAAGUGUUUUCUGCUCCUGAAGAUUAUGUUGUAGAUUAUGGAGCUAGGUUUGUUGGUCCUUUUGGUGUUAGGGAAUACAAGAAUCUUUCUAAUGUUUUAGAAACUAUUCAUAGGAUUAAUGUUGGAGGUGAAAAAUUAACUCCUUUUAAUGAUACCCUUUGGAGAACAUGGAUUCCUGAUAAGGAUUUUCUGGUUUUUAAGGAUGCAGCUAAGGCUGUAGUGAGCACUCACACACCAGAUUAUCAGAAAGGGGGCGCGGCUAGAGAGAUCGCGCCGGAUAGUGUUUAUAUGACUGCUCAGGAGAUGAAUAGGGAUCAUAAUUCCAUUUUAGCUUCACAAUUCAACAUAACAUGGAAUUUUUCAGUGGAUUCUAUUGGUGUUCGACAUCUUGUUCGGUUGCAUUUCUGCGAUAUUGUUAGUCCUUCUCUUAAUUUGUUAUACUUUGAUGUGUAUAUCAAUGGAUAUUCUGCAUAUAAGGAUGUUGAUUUGUCAUCCCUUACAUUCCAUAUGCUUGCAUCUCCGGUUUAUGUGGAUUUUGUUGUUGAUUCUGAUGAUUCGGGUGUUAUUCAAAUAAGUGUUGGCCCUUCUGAUCUUAGUAGUUCAAUGAGGAUGAAUGCGAUACUUAAUGGUGCAGAGAUAAUGAAGUUGUUGAAUGUUACGGAUUCACAUGUUGCUCCUAGGAAGAAAAAGUUGUUGGUAUUGGUUGGUUCAAUUGUAGGAGGAAUUGUUGUUUUACUUUUAGUUAUAGCUGUUUUUCUAGUUUGUUGCAGACGCAGGAAGAUGAAACCGAAAAUAAGGACGGUGGGAAGUAUUGGAUGGACGCCUUUACGCAUGUUUGGAGGGAGUUCUCUUAGUAGAAUGUCGGAAGGGACAGCUUAUCCGUCUCCCGGUUCAUGUGGAUAUUUAGGCUUGAAAAUAUCUUUUUCUGAUAUACAAUUAGCAACUAACAAUUUUGAUGAAAGUCUUGUUAUAGGUUCUGGUGGAUUUGGUAAGGUUUACAAAGGAGUAUUAAGAGACAAUGUAAAAGUUGCGGUCAAGAGAGGCAUGCCUGGAUCAAGACAAGGACUACCAGAAUUCCAAAGAGAAAUAUCAAUUUUAUCCAAUAUUCGACAUCGCCAUCUUGUUUCGUUAGUUGGAUUUUGUGAAGAAAAUUCCGAAAUGAUACUUGUCUAUGAGUAUGUUGAAAAAGGUCCACUCAAAGAUCAUCUAUAUGGUUCAGAAGGACUUCAACCUUUGUCUUGGAAGCAGCGUCUCGAGAUAUGCAUAGGUGCAGCUCGAGGUCUACACUAUCUUCACACCGGUUUUACACGAGGAGUCAUCCACCGCGACAUUAAAUCCACCAACAUUUUGCUCGACGAAGAUCAUGUUGCUAAGGUGGCUGAUUUCGGUCUUUCAAGAUCCGGACCUUGUAUUGAUGAAACUCAUGUGAGUACUAAUGUGAAAGGUAGUUUUGGUUAUCUUGAUCCAGAGUAUUUUCGAAUGCAACAACUAACGGAUAAAUCGGAUGUUUAUUCAUUUGGAGUUGUACUUUUCGAGGUUCUUUGUGUUAGACCUGCUGUCGAUCCACAACUUGAUAGGGAACAGGUGAAUUUAGCAGAAUGGGCUCUUAAAUGGCAGAAGAAGGGUAUGUUGGAGAAUAUUAUUGAUCCUUAUCUUGUUGGAAAGAUCAAAGACAGGUCAUUGAAGAAAUUUGGCGAAACAGCAGAGAAAUGUUUGGCCGAAUACGGAGUUGAUAGGCCGUCAAUGGGUGAUGUAUUGUGGAAUUUGGAAUAUUCACUUCAGCUUCAAGAAAGUGGUCAAGAAGUGAAUGCCAUUACUAAUGCAGAAGUGAAUGUAACAUCUACAACAUAAUUCCUUGAAAUCCAUUCUAUUGUUUGGCUAGGCGCAAAGUUUUUUCUCAACUAAUGACUAGUGAAAGAAACUAGAGAUAGGAACUCUCUUAGGCUAUGUUUGGAUAUUUUAAAACAAGCAAAAUGGAAUAAAUUAAAGCUUCCAUUCUAUUGUUUGAGUAUUUUAUAACAAAACUGAACAAAGUUCUCAUUCCAUUCUUAAUGAUGUAGUGUUUCACAUGGUAAAAUAAUUGCAUCAGGCAGUAAAUGUGCUUUUAUUAGAUUUUUUUUUUU